UUUCACAAACAGGGAUUUUUAACUAAAUAAACUUUCGAGGAUCGAGUGAUAUCUUUGUAUUUAUGUAUCUAUAUGCGCAUUAGGAUGGCCGUUGAUUUUCAAAUGACGCGAUGGUCGCACUAUCUGCGUUAGUAAAUAUUUUCAUGCAUAUGAAACAAUAAUUAUUAUAAAAUUCCACGUCGAUUGGGUAACGUUGAGGCGUAACUGUAACAAGUCAAGGUUCAUCAUGUUUCCAUAGUUUAAUACAGCUUAAAAAUCUAUUAGAGCCUCCAUUUCCUAGGGAAAAAUUGGUCGCUGUACAUUUUUGUUUGCGUCAUUUAGAUUUUGAAAUACAAAAAAAUAGUUUUUGCAAAAAUAUAAAAUUGGUCAUUUGCGUAUAAAAGAUGUUUGAUUACAAGUAUUGCACCUAAAGUAAUGAAAAAUGGAGUAUAAACUACAGAGUAAAUUUAAUAACCGUUAAUUUUUUAUAUAUCAUAUAGAUUGAUCUGUUAGCGGAUUCUGCAGAUGCAUAUUAUCAGUUGAAACUUUGGCCUCUUUUUAUUUUAGAAAACUGUUUUUUUUUGGCAAUACAUAUCUCAAAACCUUCAUAACGAAAAGAAAGAACCACAAAGAGAAGUUAGUGCAUAAACAACACACGCCUUAGAGUUAUCAAUUUUGCCUCAUUUCUUCAGAAAUAUUUAGCAGUCUAGUGGCUACGACGACCCAACAAAAAUUAAAAUUUUCUUCCAAAAUUUUUUCCCAAUAGUUACCGGCCAUACUAAUGUAAAUACAUACAUACACACAUAUGUAUGUUUAUCACUAGAAAUGCUUCUAUAUGUGUAUAAGUGAAGUAACUGAUAACAGCAAUCCUUGAAUAUGGCAACUACAUACAUAUCUCUUACCUGCUGUAUGCAUACAUAUGUACAUACAUAUAUGUAAGUAAUGGACUUUGGCAAAAUGAGACACAAUAGAAAUCUAGGACCUUUGAACGACAAAAAAUGAACUUUUGCAUUUUCGAGCACAUUCCCUGAAGUUAAACUCUACUACUUAAGUCCCGACCACAGUUGGCGAUAAGUAGAAAAAUUUUACCGAAUUCAAUUCGAAUACAUUUGCAAUAGCCAAAAAAUCAAAUUGCGCCAUCUCAUCGUACACCGUUGCCCGUGCCGCGCUGAUGCAGCAGCAGCAGCAGCAGGAAUCAACCGAUUUGUUGACGCCAAUAAAUUUCAACCUGGCCGCCGCGCAUCAGCACAUGGUAAUCGGUGGCAACAAAGUCAUGGAAUGGACCAACGACGAUGCGUUAGAACUUAUCGAACAGUAUCGCAUUCACACAGAAUUGUGGAAUCGUGCCGAUCCAAAGUACAAAGACAAGUUAUGCCGUUUUCGAGCGUGGUCGGAGAUAGCGGAUCGUUUUGGUUGUAGUAAGGCCGAGGUGGAGCGAAAGAUGAACGUAUUACUCACGCAAUAUCGACGGGAGAAGCAUAAAAUGCUUGUCAAACUAUAUCAGGGCAUCCAGCCGAACCCAUCCAAGUGGUACGCGUUCAAGAGAUUUGAUUUUAUGGAAGCGGGCGGUGGUGCUGGUGGCGGAGGUGGCGGCGGUGGUGGAUCAUCGAGCAGAUCGAGCACAAACGGCCAUACAGCGGCUGCCGCGUCAACUCUUAACGGUCUUAGCACGUACGAAAACGCGACAGCAACGGCGGCCCAGCCAUCGACAAGUGCAGCGGUUGCAGCAGCAGCGGCGGCAGUCGCAGGCGCGCCGGGCACUUCCCAUCAUCGGCGCAUGAAGAAAGAGAUGAAGUAUUUCGGUGCGUUGCUCGCUGCCGCCGCCGCUCCCCUCUUCGACAUGCACUUAGGUUCGGUAGAUCGUAUGUACAGACAUACAUACAUACAUAUGUAUGUAUGUAUGUACAUAUGUUCAUAGUUUGCGCGCGAAAUUCAAGUCGCCAGUACAGCCGUUUACCGCAAUAUUCAUUCUUGACCUGACCCCUUCUUGCCACCCCGUAAUCUACUCUCUAUGUUCUGUUUCGACUCUUCUUCAACCUUGCUUAAACAUACAUAUUUACGUAUGUAUGUACAUAUGUGUGUAUGUACUUCAUAUAUGUACAUAUGCAUUUAUUUAAGUAUGUAUCUACAUUAGGACGCCUCAUGGAAAAUAGCGAUUAUAAAGCAAUAAAUUUUAUGCGCGUGCCGUGGACCGCGUUGCCGAUAUCUUUAAUAGAU